AUGCCUACACCCACUAGAAGAGUCGCGCCCAAGGCCCCGUCGCCGCCCGUCCGCUCACCGACCGCCGACCGCGAGAUUGAGGAGACUUUUCUGCCACAAGAAGAAAGCGAAGACGACGAGGAAGACGAAAGAAGCGAUGAGGACUACCACGACGGCGACAACACGGCGUACAGCAUCGACUUCGAUGCGCUGAUGAGCGGCGGCGGCAGUGGCGGCCGACGCCGAGGCCGCCACGACAACGACGACGAUGACCUCACGCUUGACGACACGGAGCCGUUCGACACGCUGAGAAGCGAGGACGUAGACGGUCCGAGCGAUUUCACCCAGAAUAUGGAGUAUUGGAUGCGGUCGAGGUUUUCCCCGCCGCAAGCGCAACAACAGCAGCAGCAGCAGAACCAACGAGGGAAGAGAAUAGUCAGCGCUGCCGGUCCGACUCUAAGCCAAAAACUGGCGGCCCAGAUGGACCAGGAGGAUGUGGAAGACGAGAGGCCGACGGGGAACCACGAUACCUUACCGCCGACACGGACGCCGACUGCGAGCUUUGACACGCAACGAGACCACGUCAGCGAUUCGGAGGGGGAGGAGGGUGGCCAUGUAGGAAGAGAAGGUGAGGAGGACGGGGAGCACCGCGAAGAAGGCGAAGGCUCCUUUGAGUACGGGCAGAGCGAGCACGGAGAGGACACGCGCGAAAUCACGGCCGCGGCCAUGCGGGAUCUCAACGGCUAUGUCAUCUCGGACGAAGAUACCUUUCUACCGCCGCACAGCCAGGGAGGCUCGACGGUCGAGGAUAAGCAUAGCGGCGACGACAAUGGUGGCGAGGGCAGCCAAGAAGGGUCGAUAGACGAGCAGAUGGACAUAUUGUCGAGCAUGGAUGAGGGUGUCGAGGAAGAGUACAGGAGCGUGAGCGCGAGCGCCUCGCCAGUGCCAGUGCAGGGUGAGUGGAAGCCGAGACGGACGCCGUCCUUCGCGCAGAAGGCUAGCUGGUUACAACCAACCGUCGAGGACCACGAGGACACGCCGCCCCUGACUGCAAGACCAAGCCCCAGGAAUGCGACGGGCAAGGUGCCGGAGGUGUGGCUGGAGGAGAAGCUGCCGAAGUUGCGGGAGAUGGAGAAUGCAGCGAAUAGAAAAUUGACUCGGCCAAGUUUGACGAGCCAUCCAAGUCUGACGAGUCAAAACCGGUACACUCCAAGAAAAGUUUCUGAAGAAGAUGUUGAAGACUUGAGCUCCCAGAUCAGGAGGUUACAGGGCGAGAUAGACAGGCAACACAAAGACUUCACAACCCAGAUUGUCACUCUCGAGUCCCAACUCCAAAGGACCCGCCACGAACGCGAUGAAGCGCAUGCGAACGAGCAACGGCGCGUUCGGGACCUCAACACUCAGUACAACGAUCGCACGAAAGAUCUGGAGGAGCACUGGCAGCGACGGCUCGCCACGGCGCAGGAACACUACGAGCACGAUGUGCAGGAGCAGAAAGCGUCUUUUGCCCUCGUCAAAUCCAGCUUCGACUCGCGACUCGCGGCCACCGAGAGCGGCCUACAGGCGCAGCUAGCUCGCAAGGAGGCCGAGCUUGACGCUGUCAAGGAGGCGAGCAAGCAGGAACUCGAGCAGCAACGCGCCGGUCACGAUGCCAGGGUCGCGACGCUCGAAGACCGCAUCAACGAGCUCCGGUCACAGCAGCAACGAGCCCAAGAGAGCACCUCGGCCGACACCCCCCCGUCCCCAGCGAUCGAACAGGCCCUCGCCCGGCAGAAAGCCGAAUCGGACGCCCGCAUCGCCGAGCUCGAGGCCCGACUCCGCACGACGCAGUCCCAGCUCGAAGCGACGCGCACGCCCUCCUCCCCCACAGCCGCCUCCCCAUCAUCCAACGCGGCCCAUCUCGCCAACGAGCGGCGCAGGCAGACGGGCGACGACGACGCGCUCCUCGCGCGGUCGAAGCGGCAGGUCGAAGACCUGCAGGCCAACCAGCAGCUGCUGCAGAGCCAGCUCGCGAUGGCGCGGCGCGACGCGGACGAGCUGCGGCGCGACGCGGACGCGGCGCGCGAGGGCGCGCGCGUGCUGCGCCAGGAGCUGGCUCGGGCGCAGGACCUGCUGGAGGACAAGGGCCGGCGGCUGGAGGAGGCGGCGGCGGCGCGGGAGAAGCGCGAGGCGGACGUGGAGACGGCGGCGGAGCGGGCGAGGCGCGAUGCGGAGAGGAUGCUGCGGGAGCGGGUCCGCGCGGCGGAGCUGAAGGCCGCCGAGAAGGAGAAGGAGGUGGGCGAGAUGCGGAGGAAGGCGGAGGCGGCGGUGCGGAAGGCCCAGACCAUGCUCAGCGGGGAGCGGGUCGAGAAGGCGGGGUUGAAAAGGGCGUUGGAGGAGUUGAAGGCGGAGGUGGAGGCGUUGAGGGGCCAGGUCGAGGAGCGGAGAGGGGGGGCUGCUGCUGCUCCUGCUGCUGCUGCUGCUGCUGCUCCUGCUGCGUCCUCGUCUUCGCCGAAUCACCACGCUCCAGACGCUGCCGGGGACCUGACGAACCGGUCUUCCCCCUCUCCUCACGACGACGACACUUCCCCUCGCUCGUCCCAACUCGAGCUUCUGCGACGCGCCCUGCGCGACGCGACCACGACGACGAAAGAGGCACGGGAAGAGGCGCGGCGGGCGCGCGAGGAGUCGGCGACCCUGAAGGAAGAUUUUGCAGAGGUCAACCGCGCUAUGGACGAGCGCGUGGUGCGGCUCGUGCGCGAGAGGGAGAAGGAGUGGCGCGGCAAGGUCGAGGCGCUGACGGCGGAGAAGAGGGCCCUGGGACGCGCGCUCCUGCACGAGUGGGGCAGGGAAGAGGUGGGCGAGAGCGAGCCGCAGGUGUAUCGGUACAAGUUUGCGGGGAGCAAGGAGGGCGGCGGGGAAAGGAAGGGGAGGGGGAAGGUGUGA